CGCGUCACAGCAGCGCAGCCACGAGACGCACGCGAUCUCCUGUUUGCAUUUGAACUCGCGCGGUCGGCAUGGUCUUUGGUCGCUUCAUCGAUGUCCAUUGAUGGAACACAGUAACAGUCUAAGGUUUUGGUGCUAAAAGUGGAAAAACCCGCACCGAAGUUCAACUUGUGCAUACGGAUGCUUUUUGGCGACGAUGCGUUGCUCUUUCAGAUUCGUGUUUCUUCUCCGUGUCAGACGCGUCUUACCGAAUUAGCGCUUCGUCGUGUGAGAGGUGGAAUGCCUUAGUCCCUGCCAAACGGUUUCCCAAGACAGCGACAGCGAGCCGCCGGUGAACCAUGGAGCCCUGGAUCUUCCCCUCGUCGGCCCUCAACCUGACGGAGCCCCUGAUGUACGAGAGCUUCGUGCAGGCCAACGACUCGGAGGGCCACGGCAACUACACCGACCCCAGCUUCGACCGCACCAGCACGGUGGUCCUCACCUGCCUGUACUUCCUGGUGUGCACGGUCGGCCUCUGCGGCAACGCGCUGGUGAUCUACGUCAUCCUGCGCUACGCCAAGAUGAAGACCGUCACCAACAUCUACAUCCUCAACCUGGCCGUGGCCGACGUCCUCUUCAUGCUGGGCCUGCCCUUCAUCGCCAUCCAGCUGGCGCUGGUGCACUGGCCCUUCGGCCCCGUGCUGUGCCGCGUGGUGAUGACGCUGGACUCCCUGAACCAGUUCACCUCCAUCUUCUGCCUGAUGGUGAUGAGCAUCGACCGCUACCUGGCCGUGGUGCACCCCAUCCGCUCCACCAAGUGGCGCAAGCCCCGCAUGGCCAAGACCAUCAACCUGACGGUGUGGGGCGUGUCCCUGCUGGUCAACCUGCCCAUCGUCAUCUACAGCGGCCUGAUCACCAAGCACGACGACUGCUUCUGCACCAUCGUGUGGCCCGAGCCCCAGGAGGCCUACUACACGGCCUUCAUGUUCUACACCUUCAUCCUGGGCUUCUUCCUGCCCCUGAUGGUCAUCUGCAUGUGCUACCUGCUCAUCAUCGUCAAGCUCAAGUCCUCGGGCCUCCGGGUGGGCUCCACCAAGAGGAAGCGCUCCGAGCGGAAGGUGACGCGCAUGGUGUCCAUCGUGGUGGCCGUGUUCGUCUUCUGCUGGCUGCCGUUCUACGUGUUCAACGUCACCUCGGUGACGGGCACCAUCAGCACCACGCCGGUGCUUCGGAGCACCUUCGCCUUCGUGGUGGUGCUGGGCUACGCCAACAGCUGCGCCAACCCCAUCCUGUACGCCUUCCUGUCGGAGAACUUCAAGAAGAGCUUCCAGAACGUGCUGUGUCUGAAGAAGGUGGGCGGGCUGGACGAGAUCGACCGCAGCGACAGCCGGCAGGACAAGUCGCGCAUCAUGAACGAGCCCACGGAGACCCAGAGCACGCUGCUCAACGGGGACCUGCAGACCAGCAUCUGAGGAGGCCGCCGCCACCGCCAUCGCCGCAGGGGGGGGGAAGGCGGUAGCAGUAGCAGUAGAAUUAGCAACCGCGUACGUCACAAACAAAUUGAAUUGGGAACGGGAACCGCCCGGUUUGCAUGUGUUGCACAGAGUCGCAGUUUGCGUGUUGAUCGGCACAGGCGUGCGCACGGCCUCACAACACUACAGAGGAUCUGGUGCUGGCCCAACAACAGAGAGAAACAAGGGUGGCAGGCAUGCAGGGGGGGGGGGGGGGUAGAAGAGAAACAUGGCACAUUAUCAAAGUCACAUGGUCAGUCUGAUUGAACAUCAAAUAUGCCUACCAGAACACAUGUAUCUUUCGUCCCCCCCUGCACUGCAAACACAUUUCAUUGAACCGCGAAAGCCUCACACCCACAAAUGUGUUUGUUCAACGUGUUUCUGCUGUGAUCGUGCAGAUUGCGUUAUCGAUAAAGAGUGCGGCCGACGGGUGAAAGUGCACUAACUCAGAUGGUCAACAGGUCCCUGCGAGAUAUGGAUUUUCCAACAUGUGCCCAUUUUGACUUCCCUUUAAUGGAAUAAGGAUAUGUGUUUACCCUUUCAGUUGGGUCUGUGUGUGUGUGUGUGUGUGUGUGUGUGUGUGUGUGUGUGUGUGUGUGUGUGUGUGUGUGUGUGUGUGUGUGUGUGUGUGUGGGGGGGGGAUAAGGACUUUUACAUACAGUAUAACCCUCCCCCCCUCCCCGCCCUUCCUUUGUACGGCUGAGCGAUGACCAACCAGGAAGAUAUUGGUUUUGUGUAAAUUCUCCUUUCUAGCAUGUUGCUUCACAGGCCCGACGCAGUGCAGGGAUUGGCUGGUGGGCGUAUGAGAAUCAUCAAUCAGUGGUUUGAUGGCACACAACCGGAGGGAACAAUUACACGGUCAACAAGUCCUGCGCUGUUGGGGUAAUGCCGUCUGGCCGGAAUGAAUUUAGGUGGCAUCGCAUUAGGAUGUGUUACCUGGAGCUAUAAACAACAGGUUCAAUGAUAGGGAUUUCUCUUUGGGGGGUAGGAUUUUUCUUCUGUGAGUGAUUUAUGUUCCUGCAUUUCUGUGGUGUCUUACAUAUUGUAUAUAUGUAUAGAUAUAAAGAAUGAUGGAAACUGUAUAUUAUUAUACUAUAGGAUUAUAUGUUUCCAGGUGACUCUUUUCAUCUUGUAAGAGGAUUACGUACUCUUCAGUGAUGGUAAUAGAUUGGAAUUAGCUUGUCUAUCAACUAACCAACUGCUGCUACAGUGUAAAAAGUGUUGCUAUUACAUUUUAGUGUAUGACACUCGGCUUGUCAAUAUCCGCUUCUUGGUGGGUGAUCGUUCGUUAAACCACUUAUGUUGCUGCUUGAAAUUCAGCGGUGGGCUUUAUUACCAUCUGUGACUACUAUUUUUAGAUCUGUGUCUCUUAUAGAAACAAGAGACACUGCAAGUGUGUCGGUGCGGUGAUUCUACGUGUUAUUCCUAGAAAAAAACGAAUACAAAAUACUUAAAAAAAAAACAACAAUCCAGUUGUUGCAGAUGCUCUACCACACAUUUGGUUUGUCCGACAACAAGAGCACAGGUAGGUAUUAUAAUAAAACCUUUUACUUUAGAGUGAUCUAGAUGUUACAAGUGAGAGCAGAAGUUUGAUGCCGACUGAUGUACCUCUCCCUGAGUGUUUUGGCUGAUGGCUGGCUUUUAUCCUGUAUGCCUUGAUUACUCAAUGCACCACAGGUGUGCAGCCCCACCCAGCCCCACCCAGGCCCCGUCACUCUGACCCUCCCCAGGUGAGACUGCUUGACCGGCCUUCAGCCACCAACUCCACACCAGUGUUUUGACAAACGGUUUUGACCUUGGAAUUCACAUGAGCUGAUGGUGACCCUAAGUCUCAGUUCCAGACCUGUAUGUAUGUACAACAUGUACGUAUGUAUGUAUGAAUGUACAGUAUGUGUAUGUGUGUGUGUGUGUGAUUGAGUGGAAACCAAAGGCCAGGUCUUGGGGUUGAGGUAGGUGGGAGGUGCCCCUGCUUUAUGAAAUUUGAGAAGGGCUAGAACACAGACCCUGGACUGGUCUGUUGUUCCUUCUAACCGUCGACCAUGGUUUUACUGACAAACUUUGUCAUCAUUCUCAGAUAUAUAUUGCAGGCUAUGUCGUCAACAGUUAGUUGUUACAACCUCUGUCUAUUUGCUAUCAAAAACGUGUGUUUAUUUAAGAUUCAAGCCAGUGGGUACACUCAUAUCCAGCAGAGGAUCAAUUCUGAGUCACUUCAUGAAUACGUAUAUAUAUAUAUAUAUAUAUAUAUAUAUAUAUAUAUAUAUAUAUAUAUAUAUAUAUAGAGUAAAUCUAGUUAUUUGAAAUGUUGCUUUUGAAUGUAGAUUGCACGUGCAAGUCACUGUGGAGAAAUAUAAACGAAUAAUUUGAUAUUCCAAUAAAUGGGCACAAAAGUGUACUGAUUGUGACGUGCAUGGUGUGUGCUGCUUGGGCAAUUAUUUUGGACAUUUGUAGAUACAUUAUUUUGUAUUAUUACCAAUGGAUUGUCUGAGUCAAAUUCUGUAUGUACUAUGUUUUGAUUUGGAUUUCACACAGCUGUACCUAAAUAAACCAUUACAAUACCCGUCCUUAUCGAAUGUAGGCUAACACCCUUCAACGAGAGACACAAAAUAGGCUACACUACACAAACUAGUGGUUUGAAUUAUUAAAAUAUAGUUUUACCCCAUGACAAAAAUGAUUGAGAAGCGAGCAUUGGAAAGGUAGGGCAUGUUAUUAUGGAACAUAUUUCUAAGUUCGUUGAAUCUAACUAAAUGCAAAGUUGUUGCAACGUGCACCGUUUAACCACAAUGUCCACUAUAGGGCCUAGCCUACUACUGUUCCGACCUAGUUAUUGAGUGCUGAUACCUAGAGUAUAACAGCACUGGAACUUUUAACUACACAUGUAAAACUGCGGUUUACAGUAAAUUACU